UUCUGAUGGGAAUAGUCUGAGCAGUUACUACGUUUCUACAAGAUUUUGUUCUUGAUAGGUUGAGGACAGAUAGAAAUUCACUCCGUUGGCCAUCCUAAUCAUUUAUAUUUUUAUAGUCCGUGUGAGUUCGUCUGUGAGAACGGUUUGAUGCCACUUUUUGAUUUGUUGGCAGUCUGGUUGGAUUGUUGAUGGUGUGUGGGAAGCCCUUAGAGUUAGAAGGAUGUGGCUGUGGAAGAACAUUGGGAUGAGAUGCGUGUGUUAAUUUUUGGAACUUGGGUAGUUUAGUGUGAGAGAGAUUCAUGGAAUGGAAUGGGUAGUUGUGAGUUUGAAGGCUUGCCCUAUAGAAGUGAUGGAUUUGUGUAUGUAUGGAGUGAUGGCUUGUCGAAAGUCAAGAAUUCGAUUGUAAUACAUGAUUAUAUAUGAGAGGACUGAUGCUGAUUGAUGGUGUUUCUAUGAGACGUUUGUAGAUUAUUAUUUUCAGGAUUGAUUAGGUUCAUUGAUAAUAGAAUCUGGUUUCGUUGGUUAAUCUGACUAUGAAUGGUGUAGGGUUUAUCAUGUUCUUAUAAUCUGACUUAUUUGUUGAUUUUCUUUACAGUUUUUUUUACUAAAGCUAUUUUCGAACAAUAUAUACUGCUGACAGUUUCACAAAGAAAGCUUAUUGCUGCUAUGAUUGAUGAUUAGACUUUUUCUAAACGUUGAUAUAUGUUGAACAGAUUUAUGUUUAGGAAGUAUUCGAAAAUUCACUAUAUUGAACCUUUUAGUUAUUUGUACGACCAUUUUGUGCUCUGUAGCAGUAAAGGCAAAUCAAGAAAUUAUUUUCAUAGAUGCUUCUCAAUUGGUUGUUCUAUGCUUAUCUUUGUAAGUGGUGAUGUUUUUGUGAGAACAAGGGUUGUGUUCACAUAAAAUUAUAGUCUCCACAAAUGAUUUGGCUGUUACUUAUGCUAAAGAUACAUUCAUGAUAACAUAGAUUAGUGUUAAGAUAAAUUCCUGUUAUGGUUCUGGGAACAGAAGUUUGUCAAACGCUUUUGUUGGGAUGAUCCAUAGCCCGUACUUCUUUGCUCGUACUACCUUUGGCUCUUAUUACCUGAUAAGCUCUAUAUCAAGAUAUCAUCGGGAAGGGGGAGACUGAAAGCUCCUAUGUGCACUUUUGUUUUUUUCUUUCUUCCCGUACAAUUAUCUACACAAUGCUGUGCUUAGGUGUAAAACAUUGAGCUGAAUUAGCAUACAUGGGGUUUUGUGGGGAUCAUGUUAAAAAUGCAAUGGGAAACGAUGUAGAUAGAUUUGACCUUUCCUAAAAAUACAUUUCUUCCUGAUUGUCAACUGUAGAGGCAUUUUGAUACCUUGAAGUUAGGUAGAUGCAGUGCUCUUGUUUAGUUUUGUUUUAGGUUUUAUAAGUUUAGGGGCUCUUAUAUAUUUGUUACUGACCCAACCCUGAAUCUGUUUGACACAUUUUUUGAUUCUCAUUGUUCCCGGAUCAUCUUACAACCAAAAUAUAGUUAGUCCUUUUGGGGUUUGACAUUAGAGAUGAUUAUGGAUCUGGCUUUCUUUUGCAUAAAUAUAUAAUAUAGAGAAGACACAUCGAUAGAAAACCUAACUGCAGUGUCCUUAUGCCACCCCACAAAGAUCUAAAUCUCUGGGAACGGCAUAAUGGCACUGCCAUCUCCUUUCUUUGAACACACAACGUGAACUUGCGCCAAACUUUCUCUGCACUAUGUGAUGUUUAUACAACCACGCAAUGCAGCUACUGAGUUUAGAAUCUUGACUGGUGGCUGCAGGUUUCUUCUUGCUUUAAGAACACAGUUUUCUCUCUUUUGGCUGUGGUUCCUUCUUUCUAGUCCAAGUCACAGCGUGCUAUGAUACUUGUCACCUAUAAGCUCUUAUUUCCCCCAUUCAUCAUUAGCCUGCAUUGACCUGCCCUUCAAUAGCCUAUUCUAUGCUCGUGCUGCAUAUUACGAAAAGCUGCUAUGCUAUGGCCUUGGCUAUGUGCUCACCUCUUGUUGCCAGUUAAGCUGAACUCGAAGACAAAAAUAACGUAGGCUGCCUGAUUGUGCAUUGCAGUAUUUGCUAAUUUGUGUGGGAGAGCUGAUGGUCGUUACUGGACUUCAAUCUUCCUGAAACUAUAGUUUGUAUGGAACAAAAGUAUUCCAGAACCCGUUGCCGCAAUAUGGACAGCUUUGAAGAGCCUUGUCCAAAGGGGAGGAGAUACGAUGGUAAUUUAUUUUCCUCAAUCCACGAAAGGAAAUAUUGUACAGUUUUGAAAAGUUCCCCAUCAACAUUAGUAUACCAACGAAAGAGAAAGAGUUCUUCCAUUUCUGGUGUUCAGAUAUCUUGUAGCAGUAAGCCAAGUAAUGAUUGUCGCUCCGCCAUGAGUUUUGAGACCCCUUCGUCGGCCACUCAAGAGAACACCAUUUCUGGUUCUGAGGGUGCGAAAAAUGGUGUAAGGUCUUCAGUUAUGGGUUCGGUUGGUUGGGAUGCAGUUGCUGAUACACUCUCGAAUGGAUGCCGUACUGAGGUGAAAGCAGGUUCUGGAGUGACUUUGAUGACAGAUGAUCGGGGAAAUUUGAACACCUGCAGUGCCAAUGAUAAUUAUUCAUCUUCAAAAUCAAAUGUGGAACUGAGUUCAGCCUCAUUGAAACAUGACUCGGAUGAUGCAGGCGAGUGCUCCUCUUCUGGUGGAUUGCUUGCAAAUGAGACGUCCGAAGAGUUAUCAGAAAGAGAGAGAUGCAUUUCAAUUCUCAGAACCCAGGGAUUGCUUGAUACAUUUCAGACAAGACAGCAUCAAGGAAAUUCUGGCAUUAGUGACAAUCACUACUGUAUAAAGCCGUGCAAAGUUUGCAAGCGCCUGGAGAAAACAUUAAGAAUGCUAAUAUGCGACAACUGUGAGGAAGGAUUUCAUUUAUCAUGCUACAGUCCGCAUAUAUCAAUAUUACCUAUUGGUGAGUGGCAUUGCAAUUUAUGUCUGAAAAAGAAGAACAAAAGAUUAAGCAAUCAGCCAUCCAAUAGUUCAGGCGAUAACAGCACUGAGGUUGACAAAUUAGGGUCCUUAAGGUUUAUGUUCAGAGACACUGAGCCAUAUCAAUCCAGGGUACGAAUUGGCAGUGAUUUUCAAGCUGAUAUUCCUGAUUUGCUAGGCCUCGACGAUGAGGCAAGUCACCUUAUGGGUCAAACAUUAGAAGUGGAUCCUCCAACUGCCAUAAACUUGGAGAGAAGGGAUGCUACCAAAACUGUAAAGCUGAGUUCCAUUGGUAAUUGGAUUCAGUGCCAAGAAGUCAUCGACAGUGUUGAUGGCACUAUAUGUGGAAAAUGGCGCAGGGCACCCCUUUUUGAAGCUCAAACUGACAACUGGGAAUGCUUCCGAUGUGUUCUUUGGGAUCCAGUCCACAGCGAUUGCGCUGUGCCCCAGGAGGUCGACACGGAAGAAGUUAUGAGGCAAUUGAAGUACAUAGAUUUGCUGCGGCCCCAACUGGCUGCCAAAAGGCGCAAAUUGGUUACUUCUAGAAAAAACGGGGGGAGGAUCUGAAUGCUAGAGUGUUGGUUGGCGACCCGCCCGGUGCUCCCUCAACCGCUGCGCGCGCCGUGGUCUUCUAAGAAUAUGCAAAAAUGUUUGGCAAUUUUGUAAUAGCCAUAUAUAUCUAUCUGAGAAUCUGGCAUUGUUUGUAUGCAUAUAUAUAUAUAUAUAUAUAUACACAUCAAAAAGGGACUUUGUGCACAGAAAAGACGUGUUUUGGUGUAUAAAUGUCAUCUUAAUUGGCCGGCACCUCCAUAUAUAUUUCUCCUUAAUUUCAAAUCUUUUCUCAUUAUUAGAGAUGAAGAUAGAAAGUACUGAAUGUAUUGAAAUUUCAA